AUGUCCGAUAAGAGUGGUGAGAUUCCGACUUGCUCGGUCGAAGAAUUCUUAGCGACUUCUUUUGACUACAUUAUCUGCGGAGGCGGCACUGCAGGAUGUACCAUAGCGGCCCGCUUGUCCGAGAACCCCAAUGUCACAGUCGGUUUGAUCGAAGCCGGGAAGAAUCGACUCGGAGACCCAGUUGUCGAUAUCCCCGGCAUGUGGCCCGCGCAACUUGCGAACUCAGAUUAUGAUUGGGGCAUGUAUAGUGAGCCUCAGGCUGGAAAUCGCGGGAGGGUUCACCAUGUUCCUCGCGGCAAGUAUCUGGGAGGCACCAGCGGCAUGAAUGCGAUGGGUUAUGUGAGGGGCUCGACAGAGGAUUAUGAUAACUGGGCCUCACUAGUCGGUGACGAUGGGCGAGAUAUCAGAUUCGAAGCGAAGUUUCACGGCACGGACGGGCCCAUCCACACAAGCUUCAAUGAAGCUUCUCUGCCGAUUGAGUUUGAUUUUGUGAAGGCAUUUGAAGAGGUCACCGGUAUACAUGAGAAGGCCAUCGACCCUUGGUCUGGUAAUCACCUUGGCAUGCACCACGUUCUUGCAACCAUCACGAGGAAAGGCCCAAAGAAGGGGAAACGAAGCUAUGCUGCAGAAGCAUACUACGCACCGAAUCAUACUCGUCCCAAUCUGAAAGUCCUGUGUGAAGCCCGAGUUGACAACGUCCUUUUGAGUGGCGAAAACAAGGCGGCAGGAGUGCGCAUCACGCGCAGGGGACAAAGCUACCAGGUCAGAGUAGCCCGAGAGGUGGUGUUGUCUGCCGGAUCAGUGCAUUCGCCUCAUAUUUUGGAACUGUCUGGGAUCGGUGAUCCUGCCAUUCUCAAGUCAGCAGAGAUCCCAUGCAAGGUCGAAAAUGCUGCCAUAGGAGCAAAUCUUCAAGAUCAUCCUGUUUCGUUCGUAAACUGGGAGGUUAAUUCCAAUGUCACGACUGGUGAUUUUCUACGACAGGUACCCGAGGCUAUGCAAGCUGCAAUCAAGCAGUACGCCGACACCAAAGACGGGCCUCUGGCGGCUGCUCCCAACAUCAUGGGCUUUUAUUCAGCGAAGAGCCUCUUAUCCGAGGAGGAGCUGCAGAAUGUGUUGCAAAGCAUCAGAGCUAUCAGCCCCACCACUGAGUUCCACGCAAAGCAGCUUCAGCAAGUCAUUGACAACCUGAACGAUAAAAAUGCCUCCAAUAUUCAAAUUGUUCUCGUGCCGUCGAUGAUGAAUCCAGAAGCUGAUCCAAAGAACCUCAGCAAUCUAUUCACGACCAUUCCCAACCCCGAGAAAAUCGGAAUCACAGCCGUUGUGGGCGUACAGAACCCAAUUUCACGUGGGUACAUCCACGUGAAGUCAUCUGAUCCCUCCCAACCACCAACCAUUCAGCCAAACUGGCUUACCCAAGAAGCCGACGCCAUACUCCUUGGAGCUGCUCUGCGCAUGGCAAAUCAAAUUGGCCAAUCCAAACAUCUUCGCGAAUCAAUCUCUAGCAGACUGUUUCCUCGUCCGAAUGUGAACUUGCAAGAUCUUCAUCAAGCCAAGGAGGCCGCACAUGACGUUGUUACCACAAUGUAUCACUUGUGCGGGACUGUUGCUUUGGGUGCAGCUACUGAUGCGCGCCUCCGUGUGAGAGGUGCUCGGGGACUUCGGGUUGCAGACGCAUCAAUAUUCCCCAAUAAUGUUAGCGGCAAUAUACAGGCUAGCGUGUAUGCGGUGGCGGAGAAAGCGGCUGAUUUGAUCAAGGAAGACUGGGCAGUUGAAGAUCAACCGCUUAGGGCAAAGAUUUGA